GCGCGCUGUCUGAACGUGAAGCUAGAGCAGUGCAGUUGCUAACAUUUUUGGUGAAAACUUUGAUUAUCGGCAUUUACAAGAGGAGCAACCAGGUAAUUCAUCUAUAGCCCUUACAAACAUUAUUUCUGGAAUGGAUGGCAUAGUGAUGGAGGAGGAGGAUGAUUGCCCAGAGUUGGUGCCCAUUGAUACCCAGCCUGGUCCUCCUGCAGAGCAGAUACCUGUCACCAUCAUCACAGGCUACCUUGGUGCUGGAAAGACCACACUCCUGAACUACAUAUUAACAGAACAACACAACAAGCGGAUUGCUGUCAUACUCAAUGAAUUUGGAGAGGGCAGUGCUCUGGAGAAGUCCCUUGCAGUGAGCCAGGCAGGAGAGCUGUAUGAGGAGUGGCUGGAACUGAGGAAUGGCUGCCUCUGCUGCUCUGUAAAGGACAAUGGUCUUAAAGCUAUUGAGAACCUGAUGGAGAAGAAAGGAAAGUUUGACUACAUCCUGCUAGAAACCACAGGACUUGCUGAUCCAGGAGCUGUGGCCUCCAUGUUCUGGGUUGAUGCAGAGCUUGGCAGUGACAUCUAUUUGGAUGGCAUCGUCACUGUCAUUGAUGCCAAAUAUGGGCUACAGCAACUAACCGAGGAAAAGGCAGAUGGACUCAUCAAUGAAGCAGUCAGACAGAUUGCUCUCGCUGACCUGACCAUUAUCAACAAGACAGACCUGGUGAAUGAGGAGGAACUGAACCAAGUCAGAGACACUGUCAGGUCGAUAAAUGGUCUUGUCAAGAUUCUAGAAAGCCAGAGAUCACAGGUGGAUCUCUCUGAAGUCCUGGAUCUGCAUUCCUUUGACAGCAAGGAUGGAGCCAAUCUAGCAGAGAAACUCCAGCUUGUGAAACCUACAAGGCCUCAUCUCGACAAGAGUAUUUUAACUGUGACGUUUGAAGUGGCUGGAAAUCUCUCUGAGGACGCCUUGAAUGUUUUCAUACAGGAUCUCCUAUGGGAAAAGAUGUUCAAAAACAAAGAAGGGCAACCCAUGACAGUCAUCCGGUUAAAGGGCAUAGUAUCAUUUGCAGGAAACGCCCACCAAGUGAUGCUGCAGGGGGUCCACGAGCUGUACGAGCUGAAUGAGACUCCACAGCUUUGGGAGGAGAACCUGCGGAUCAACCGACUGGUCUUCAUAGGCAGGAACCUGGAAAAGUCCGUUCUGCAGGAACAGUUCAUUUCUGUAGUUAUGCAGGGGGCAGAGGGAAACUAGCGAGAAGCUCAUCUCUCCGCUUCACAUCCAAAAGUGUUGAUUCUGGAGCAGAAGUUUUGGCUUUGGCCAUCCAUAAAUCGGGGACUGUGUUUCAGAUGUUGAUUCCUUUCCUUCAUGAGGAUGAGGUAUGUCUGAGGAUGGCUAAAGUUACUGUAGCAAUCAUGACAGUAAAUUUAAAUUGUGAUAAUCCAUCACAACCAGCUUUAAAUGCUAUGGUAUAUCACAGGAAGUGUGUUUAUGUUGCUGUAGUGCCUGAGCUAAAUGCUGUUAAUUGCUUCUCUCCCUGGAAACUUUCCAAACAUGACCUCUAUAAAUAACCCCGAAAAAAAAAAUUUAAAUGUGCACACACACAAAGAUACCACAGAAAAGUUUUAUAAAGACGGCUUUGUAAAAUCUGCAAUUUUUGAAGGUGGGGACAAAUAGUGUUAGAGGUUGCAAAGAGGUGCACAUACUUUAUCAAGUCUGGUACAAGACUGUACUUUGUAAAUGAAGCA